AUGAGUUUGGGAGCCGCGGCUAGAAUUUUCUUCAAGAUGGCGGCGCGACGAGAAUUAUAAUAAUUUAGAAAGGUAGAUAGUUGCCCAAGAGGAGAUACCUGUGUCAUAUUUAUCACUUCCACAAGAUCGCAGUGGAGGAUGAUCAGUGCCUAGAUCCCAUAUUAAGCUGAAUGCAUUGUGAUUUCCAAUAAUUGAGACAGUGAUUCUGAAAGCUGUCUACAUUAAUGAAAAGAACAAUGUAGUCAGCUUAGCAUAUUCACCUCUGGUACGUGGCCUAUGCAGGGAUGUGCUUCUGCAUGCAUUCUGUGUUUUGAUAAGAAGAUAACCUCUCACUAAGUAAAGAAUUUAAAAUUAAAAUUUCAGUCUAUUUAAGUUAGCUAUAUAUUUAUAAGGAAAUGGAGAUAGAUGAUGUUCUACCCCCUCUCCCCUUGGAGCCACCUGAUGAUUUUGGCCUAGAUGAGGGCAGAGCACCUCCACCACCUCCCCUGCAAACGUCCAGUGACGCAGAGGUAAUGGACGUUAGCUCUGGUGGUGAUGGAUACACAUACACCCCAGGGGACGGGGAAAUCAAGACACAGCAGCCCCUCAGCAGGGGCUCACUGACUUUCUGUAGUCAUCUCUCAGAUGAGGCCAGUCCCGCCCCACCGUGCCCCAGAACAGCCCGCCAUGCUCCCCCGGUCACCAAGUUUCUGCCAGAUCUCAAGCUGCUCAGAGAUGUUAAGAUUAGUGUGAGCUUCACUGAAAGCAGUAAUAGCAAAGAGAGGAAGGUUUUAUAUACAGGUGAGAGGCAGGAGGCAGGGAGCGAGGAUGGCUUAGAAAGUCUCAAUGGUGAGUUGCAUGACAUGGCUAGUGAGCAGGAGGUAGCCGAAGUGACUGGUGGAGCAGCAAAUGCUGCAGGCAGAAAGUCAGAGGACGCAGAGGUAGAUCUAGAGAAUAAGGUGGAGUUUGCUGUCCUGGAUGAGUUGGAUGACCUCUACGAGAACUUCCUGGAGCCUGACGAUGGAGAGCAUGGAGGCUUUAAGUCUGACGUCAUAGUUCAGCAGGAACAGGCAUAUGACGAAGUCACGGCUUACUCUUAUGAGGAGGAAUUUGACAAUGAUGUCGACGCUCUGUUGGAGGAGGGCAUGCCAGUCCCAAAGAAGAUGCGCCCGGCAGAGGAUAAAUAUGGUGGGGACAGUGAUCAUCAGUCAGAUGGUGAAGGAGGUGUUCAACCCAUGAUGACCAAAAUUAAGACUGUCCUGAAGAGUCGGGGACGUCCGCCCACCGAGCCUCUCCCUGAUGGAUGGAUAAUGACAUUCCAUAAUUCAGGCAUUCCAGUCUACCUGCACAGAGAGACCAGAGUGGUCACUUGGUCCAGACCGUACUUCCUUGGCACUGGAAGCAUUAGGAAACAUGACCCACCUGUAAGCAGCAUCCCCUGCCUACACUACAAGAAAAUGAAGGAACAGGAGGAAAGGGAGCUGAAUGGGGAAGUGGUGCCUGAUGCAGAGGAGUCUGUUGUCAAGCCUGCUGAGGAGGCCAAUGGAGGAGAGCAAGUAGGCACAUCAGAUGCUACAGCUGAGGACCAGGAUGUCAUGCCACCCUCCAGUCUCCCUGGUGAAGGUCAGGAUGGAGAAGGUACCACUGACAACAGCAUCCAAAAUAAAGAGUCUCUACCCUGUGACUCUGCACAAGGAGCCUUAGGGCAGGUCAAGGCCAAAGUGGAGGUGUGCAAGGAUGAGUCCAUAGAACUUGAAGAAUUUCGCCUGUACCUGGAGAAAUGCUUUGACUUUGAACAAGUGACUGUCAAGAAGUUUCGCACCUGGGCUGAGCGAAGACAGUUCAACAGAGACAUGAAGAGGAAACAGGCAGAGUCAGAAAGACCUAUCCUGCCUGCCAACCAGAAGCUCAUCACACUGUCAGUCCAGGAUGCUCCUACUAAGAAAGAAUUUGUUAUAAAUCCUAAUGGAAAGUCUGAAGUUUGCAUCUUACAUGAAUAUAUGCAGCGUAUCCUCAAGGUUCGCCCUGUUUACAACUUUUUUGAUUGUGAGAACCCAAGUGAACCCUUUGGAGCGUCAGUCAUUAUAGAUGGAGUCACAUACGGCACAGGGACUGCAAGCAGUAAAAAACUUGCCAAGAAUAAAGCUGCUCGAGCAACACUGGAAAUCCUCAUACCUGACUUUGUGAAGCAGACCUCGGAGGAGAAACCCGUUGAAGGCGAUGAACUGGAGUAUUUUAAUCAUAUCAGUAUAGAAGAUUCAAGAGUAUAUGAGCUGACCAACAAAGCAGGACUACUAUCGCCAUAUCAGAUUCUUCAUGAGUGCCUUAAAAGAAACCACGGGAUGGGGGACACCAGCAUUAAAUUUGAGGUGAUCCCGGGGAAGAACCAGAAGAGUGAAUAUGUGAUGACAUGUGGGAAACAUACUGUGCGUGGCUGGUGCAAGAACAAGAGGGUUGGCAAACAGCUAGCAUCUCAGAAGAUCUUGCAGAUGCUACAUCCUCACGUCAAGAACUGGGGCUCACUGCUGCGCAUGUACGGCAGAGAGAGCAAUAAGAUGGUCAAGAAGGAGAGCUCCGACAAGAGCGUGAUCGAGCUCCAGCAGUAUGCCAAAAAGAACAAGCCAAACCUUCAUAUCUUGAACAAACUGCAAGAAGAGAUGAUUAAACUGGCUGCACAGAGGGAGGAAACGAGGAAGAAACCCAAGAUGACCAUAAUGGAAUCUGCCCAGCCGGGGAGUGAACCCCUCUGCACUGUCGACGUUUAAAUCUCAAAUCACUGAUGAACCACAGCACUGAAAACCAGUCACUGUCAGACAUCUCAGACAUCACACACAUGCACACCCCACCAUCCACCACUUAAUUAUGCAUCACUGAGAUCUAAAUGGCAAUAUAGUAAAGGAUUGACCAGGCUGAUAUUACUGCUUGCUUCCUUCACUUGUGUUUUAAUUGGUUAAGCUGGUAGAGGUAAGUGUAGGACUGAACAGACUGUAGAGCGAAUAUCGUCUACCUCUCUAGAUGCAUCCUAAUUACAGCAGUAGGAGAACCCCCCCCCUCCCCUCCCCCCAGUGUCCAGAGAAGUGACCAUUACUUGAUAA